ACCGAUGACGUAGUAAACAUGGCGGCGCACAGCCUGGGUCGCCGCUUACCUCUCGUAGUGAUUCUCGGAGCUACGGGGACCGGGAAAUCAAAACUGGCGAUCCAGCUCGGACGCGUGCUCGGAGGGGAGAUAAUUAGCGCUGACUCCAUGCAGGUGUAUGAGGGGCUGGACAUCAUCACUAACAAGGUGACCGCGGAGGAGCAGCGCCUGUGUACACAUCACAUGAUCAGCUUUGUGGACCCCUUGGUCACCAAUUACACCGUGGUGGACUUCCGCAACAAGGCGGUUUCCCUGAUCGAAGAUAUAUUUUCCCGAGAUAAGAUCCCGAUUGUUGUGGGAGGAACCAAUUAUUAUAUAGAAUCCCUGCUGUGGAAGGUAUUGGUAUCGGCCACCGGCCCAAAGAAACCCAGUGACGUGGCAGAGAAGAGCCACACUCCGCCGGACAGAAAGGAAGAGUUAGAGCAGCUUGACAGCCAUGAGCUUCACGAACGUCUGCAAAACGUUGACCCAGAGAGGGCUUCUAAAUUACACCCGCAUGACAAACGGAAAGUGGCGAGGAGCCUCCAAGUGUUUGAGGAAUCUGGUAUCCCACACUCAGAGCAUCUCAGGAGACAGCAAGAGGAAGGAGGAAGUCCAUUGGGGGGAGCAUUGAGAUAUCCCAACCCAUGCAUCCUGUGGCUGCAUGCCGACCAGGAAGUUCUGGAUUCCAGACUGAGCUCCAGAGUGGAUGAGAUGCUACAUCUUGGCCUGAUCGAAGAAUUAAAGGAUUUUCACAAACGAUACAACGAGAAGCUCAUCUCCCAGUCUGGACAGGAUUACCAGCAUGGAAUUUUUCAGUCAAUUGGCUUUAAGGAGUUCCACGAGUACCUGAUAACUGAAGACGACUGUGAGCCACAUAGAAGGGAACUUCUGCUGCAGAGAGGCAUUGAGGCACUGAAACAAAGAACACAGAAAUAUGCCCGAAAGCAAAAUAAGUGGGUGCGGAACAGAUUCCUAAAACGCCCUGGACCUAACGUGCCCCAUGUCUUUGGCCUGGAGGUUUCUGAUAUUUCUUCCUGGGAUGAGCAUGUUCUGUCUCCAGCUCUACAGAUUGUCAGCAGCUUCAAGCAGGGACAGACCCCGGCCAUUCAACCUCUGCAGAUGGAAUCUGAUAAUGAAAACAAGAGAAGCAGACACCUGUGUGAUCUGUGUGACAGAGUCAUCAUUGGUGAUAGAGAGUGGGCAGCUCACACAAAAUCAAAAUCGCAUCUUCAUCAUGUGAAAAAGAGAAGGAAACUGGAAGCGGCAUGUAAUCCAGGAAAUGAUAAAGAAAGGGAGCAGUUUGGCACAGAGCUCACGAGCAAUGAGUUGGCAUGUACUGCUGAUAAAGAAGGUGCAGUCAAAGAGUUACAAGAACAACUUUGCACCCGUGACCUUGACUGUGUACAGGAUUUGCCGCUAAAUAAUAAACGUAAGCCGUUACAGCAGAGUACCGAGGAUGUGAUGAGUGCGGACGAUACAUGCAGAUGAUGAAGCAAGCUGCAACUGUUCAGGAAACCUUCUAUCUUCGUGGAGAUUCUGGACGUUUGCUUGGAUUUUGGAAUCUUCAUGCUGCUUGCUCUGCUGGAAUUUUAUGGCUCCGUUUGCUGCUCUUUUUAAACCUAUAAUAAAGUAUAUGACUUUUCUCUCCAA